AUGAACGUCAUAUGUACGUCGGAGGAAGGCGUCAGCGCUCUGAUUCCUGUCGGCAAGGGCGUGUUCCGUCGUCUCUUCACGUUGCAGAACGAAAUGGUGAACACGCUGCCUCAGAAUUGCGCGCUGGACCCUCGGGAAUUUCGCAUGCUUAAGACCAACGCAAAGCGAAGAUGUGGCAGACCGGACAAGAAGAAGUGGAAGAAGAGCUUCCUGGACGCCUUCGUGCCGUGCCGCUUUUUGCAUCUUGCUAUGUGGCGCAGAAGGAGCUUGCACGCUGCAUCGAAGUCGAAACCUGACAGCCACAAACUCCCGCAGUUCUAUCACUACCCGAGCGCGGCCGCUACGCGGCGGUAUUAG